AUGUCCAAGCUUAUCACCGUCUUCGGCGCGACCGGACAGCAGGGCGGCUCGGUGAUCCGAACUAUCUUGAACGAUGAAACUCUAUCGAAGGAGUUCAGGAUCCGCGGUAUCAGCCGUGAUACUUCCAAGCCAGAGGCUCAGGCUCUUGUAAAGCAGGGCGUCGAACUCGUCUCGGCUGAUAUGAACUCCAAGGAGUCUCUGGCAAAAGCUAUUCAAGGAAGUCAUUCUGUUUUCCUCGUCACCACCCCAGCAUGGGGUGUCGCCGGCUCAGACGCCGAGCUCGUGCACGGCAAGAACGUCGCCGACGCCGCUAAAGAGACAGGUGUCCAGCAUCUCAUCUUCUCUUCUCUGCUAGACGUCAGCAAGGAAUCGGGUGGGCGCCUCAAGCACGUUCCACAUUUUGAUCAGAAGGCGCACGUUGAGCAGUAUAUUCGGUCGAAUGGUGUUCCUGCUACGUUUGUUUUGCCGGGUUAUUUCAUGAAUAAUUACACGCAAUAUGGGAUGCUGCGCAAGGGCGAUGAUGAUGUUUACACUUUGACUUAUCCUAUCGGCAAGGAUUCUCAGUUCCCGCUCAUUGAGAUCGUUAGUGACUUGGGUAAAUUCGUCGCAGCUGCUUUGAAGAACCGGUCCGAGGCACUUGGUGCCCAGAUCCUCGCUGCUGCAGACUAUUACACCCCCACUCGCAUUCUUGCCGAAUUUGAAGAGGUUACUGGAAAGAAGACUCGAUUUGUGCAGGUGGAUAAUGAAACUUACAAGAGCUUCAUGCCUGGCCCGAUGGCUGAGGAGAUGCUUGAGAAUCACCUGUUCAUUGAGAGCCCUGGCUACUACAAGGGUCAGAGUCUGAAGGGGAGUCAUGAUCUCCUUGAGAAGGCUGGAUUCAAGGCCACGAGCUGGAAGACUUUCUUGGAGCAGAAUAAGUCCUUGUUCUAG